AUGGAUACAUACCACCUCCACCUAGUCUUCGACAUUGCCAGCUUCGUCGGAGUCUCAAACACUGCCGCCCUUGUCUGUUGGAGGUUCUGCCUUGCUAAGAUGGGCGAAUUCCCCGGUACAAAGAAUCGCUCCAGCGGUCCCACCAGGCGCAUUUCUCUACGCACAUAUUGGACGGAGGAUCGCUACCGUGCCACCUUUAUUUUCAUCAUCCUAUAUCUUGCCCUUUUAAUUCUCCUUGAAGUCCGCCUCCACCAAUGGGCGCCUGACGCAGAACCCGGUCGCUGCUACUAUUCGUACCUAGUAACGAGUGCAUCGGCCUCACAUCCUGGAGCUGAUAUGGUUUAUGUGGCCAUUACUGGCUCCUGGUUGAUCAUUAUCGUUCUUGCUGGCAUGUUCGCUGGUGUCGCAAGGCGACGAUGGAUUCUGAUCUUCUCCAUGCUCCACUUUCCCCUGCACCUCUAUAUGACGAUUGCGCUUCGGCAGGCAAACCAGGGCAAGUUUGAGGGCGAGACAAAGCACGAGCACGAAUGGGAUUUCGGCCAGACCACGGCAGUAAUUCUGCUGGGAAUCGCGGUCUCGGAGUUAAUCACCAAGGGGAGAGAGUACUAUAACUUUGAGCGUCAUGUUGCUAAGUUUGGUAUCUCCCAAGGUGAAAAUGAGCCAUCAGUUGGGGAUACUGAGGGAGCCAGUAAGAAUGGCUAUGACAAGCUUCCGAGAGACGAACGGAUCUCCGAAUCGCAGCAUCCUGCUUCCAACGGAUAUUCCAGCGGCUGA